AUGGCACUGAGUGGAUGUGGGUGUGGGAGGCAGGUGGCGUCUCUACGCUUGGACCGGUGGCAAUAUGUGGAGGCAGAGCUGCAGGUUCCGAAUGUCAUCGCCGUUCAGAGCUACGUGACUCUGAAUGGGACGGUCAUGGUCGUCUUCUCGUACGUGGAUGCCGAGAGGCUUGCCGUUUUAGAGUCCCAUGAGGUGUCCGUCGAGACGGAUCUCGUCAUCAACAGCUACUUUGCAUCUUGCACGGCAGGUGUAGGAGCUUUCUUCGCGGAAAAGGUCAAUCAUCAGCCCGAAGCGGAACGGCGCAGCGGUCACUUGGAGUUUCGUGAAAUUGCGAGGAGUUUAUCUCAAUGGUGUUUCAGAACAGAUGAAUCCCCUUUGCUCUUACCCCAGAAAGAGGUGGCGUCUCUACGCUUGGACCGGUGGCAAUAUGUGGAGGCAGAGCUGCAGGUUCCGAAUGUCAUCGCCGUUCAGAGCUACGUGACUCUGAAUGGGACGGUCAUGGUCGCCUUCUCGUACGUGGAUGCCGAGGGGCUUGCCGUGUUGGAGUCCCAUGAGGUGUCCGUCGAGACGGAUCUCGUCAUCAACAGCUACUUUGCAUCUUGCACGGCAGGUGUAGGAGCUUUCUUCGCGGAAAAGGUCAAUCAUCAGCCCGAUACUGCAGUGGCAUCAUUUGAUGACCUGUUGAUGGCGUUGAUGGAAGGACGACCAUUGACGAUCGUCGCAUCCGCCACGGCAUGGGGGAAUUCCCUGGAACCUCAAGUAAUCGUCGCCGAGGGGGGAUCCACCAACUAUCGGUUUUACGUUGUCCCCGACGAGAUCGUCGUGGAGUGGUCUGGCCUGGCACUCAGCGUGGUUCAGGGCCAGAGCGUUUAUGCCGUGACUAGGGUGAACGUAUUUCGGGAUGGAUCCGUCGUUGUCCACGCCAAUUACUACAAUGCACUCACCUGGGAGGAUGAAUAUCCUUACCCUGAAGGAUUCCAGUGCAUUCUUGGAGAAUCCAUCAACUUCUACUACGCCUCUGGUCAGAGAGAGAUGGGGAAGGCGAUGAGGAAGCUCGCCCAGCUGGGGAUAUGGUUUUAUUUCGGGGGAAGUGACCUCGUCCGAACGAGGGAAGUGACCUCGUCCGAACGAGGGAAGUGA